AACAAAACAGUAUAAUUUUAAAACUUAAAGAAGCAAUAGCUUAAUUAAACAAAUGUUACAAAAUACAAAUUUCUAUAAUGUCAUUAUAUGGGCCGCGUUAUGUAUAACACCCAUGUUGGGACUACCGGGUGGUAAUAUAGUAAACAAAUAUUUUUUGGAAAAACAAAAGUUUUUAUUUGAGAUUGUGCAUCAACUGCAGGAACCUUUGCAAAAUGAUGAAUGGCUAAAUGCAGGAAAAACUUUGGUCUUAGAUAAAGAUCUAUAUUUGGAUUUUAAUACCUUAAUGGAGAAAUUUAUAAUGAAGGCAAAUGCCAGUACUUUACUGCCCCGAAAUGAUAUAUUUUAUCUAACAGAUAAAACCCAUUUGGAGGAGUUAAAAGGUUUAUAUUACUUUCUAUAUAAUGCUAAAGAUUUUGAGACUUUGAGGCAAAAUAUCUGCUGGGCCCGUUUACAAGUGCAGCCGCAAAUGUUUGUUUAUGCUUUAACUCAAACUCUUAUGAAAAGAGAGGAUUUUAAGGGACUCAUCUUACCCAAAAUAUAUGAAAUUUGGCCUCAACACUUCUUGUCUGAUAAGUACAUACAUAAACUAAAACAUUUCAAUUAUGUACAGUGGAGUCGGGCGGAAAUGUUGGCAGACUUUAAUGAAACAAUAAAUAAUAACAACUGCAAUAUAGGUCAAUGGUGGUGUAAGCAAAAUUUACUCUACAAAAUCUAUCAGGAAAAGGAACGCAUGAUCUUACCCAAAAAUAUUUAUGGUAAUUUUCGUAAUUCCAGCAAAUGGUUGCAGGCUUUAGAAGAUGUUUCUCUGUACUGGUUACCAGUAGAUUUUAGCAGAGAAGUGGCCUCAGUAAAGGAAUUAACUGAAAGAUCUAAUACCUACUUAAUAGAGGAUAAAGCUUGGAAUACCUAUUGGUAUUACACCAAUAUGGGUUUAUGGUUAAAUGAACGUGGACAAAAUGAUUUGUACAGCAAGUCCUUAAGAGAAUGGUGGUUUUGGAAUUUACAACAACUGAUAGUAAGAUAUAAAAUGGAACUUACCACAACCCAAAGUAAAUCCUCUUUAGAUCCUUAUUUACUUAAUUUUCAAACUCUCAAAUAUCAAACCAUAAACAACAAAAAUUCUCUUGAAAUUUGGAAUUUUAUAAAUGAUUUAUUUAGUAAAACUGAAAAAGCUUUAUAUGAACAAACUUUUGAAUUAAAAAAUGCCACCAGAUUGCAAUUAAAUAAUCCCCAACAUUUGGAAUAUUUUCUCAAUGACAAUUUUAGCAUAGAGAAAAUAAUGAAAGCUUUAAUGUCUCUCCCUGUUAACGAAAAUAAACCCACUGUGUUGCAAUACUAUGAAACCAUGUUGAGAUCUAAGGAAUUUUAUCAAUAUGCAGAAAUAAUUAUCAAUCUUUAUAAAUCCCUUAAGUCCAACUUUGAACCUUAUAAACCACAAGAUGUCCAAAGCUUAGGAGUAAGCCUUAAUGGGGUGGAAAUCACCGAAUUAAAAACUUAUUUUGAAAUUGUUGAUACAGAUGUAACUAAUCUAUUGAGAACCUCAAAUAGUUAUUUUGAGGGCAAAUUAUUAUGGUUUAAAACUCUGCUCGCCCGACAACCUAGUCUACAACAUCAACCUUUCAAAUUGCAACUUUAUCUUACAUCGGAUAAGCCCCAAUCGGUAUUAGUGAGAACAUUUUUGGCUCGUGAUUGUCAAGCAGCAGGAAUGACUUGCUCAUCUUCAACAGAAUUGUUUCAAUUGGAUACAUUUGUCAGUACUUUAGCUGCCGGAUUUAAUAUCAUUGAACGUGAAUCUAAAGAUUUCUAUGGUUAUAUGCUACCCUCUCUCACCUAUACCGAAUUAUAUCAUUUCACCCAAUUGGCUUUGAAUGAGGAAUAUCAAUUUCCUUUUAAUAUAACUUUGGGUAAUUGUAGAUUUCCCCAUCACUUGAAAUUACCCAAGGGCUUGGAGGUGAAAGGUUUACCCGUUAAAUUUGUUUUUGUAGUCACAUCUUACAAUUAUCGUUUCCAUAAAGGUUUCAAUUUAGAUUGUGAUUUCUCUAGUGGUAUAUUGGCUUUUGAUGAUAUGCCACCCGGUUUUCCUUUCGAUCGUGAAAUAUCGGAGAGCAUAUUUAUGAAUGAUAAUAUUUUGAUUAAGAAUAUGAGGAUUUAUCAUGAUGAGUAUUUAAGAUUUAGAUGAAAUGUAUAUAAUAAAAACGGUAAAUAAAA